UUGGCCCUGGUUCAUCGUUUUCACUCCUUCGUAUCACCCAAACCCUAACCCUAAUUCGCAAACCUAGAGCGAGAAACUCUCUCUCGCUCAUUAAUCAGAAUUCAUCACCGGCAUCUGCGCCGGCGUGUGAUUCACUUCGUUUUUGCAUUCGAUCGGUGCCGAUUUUGCGAUUGCUCAUCAUUUGGCAGGAUGGUUAAACCAGAAACCUUCAAUACUCGCGUCCCGACGGCCUGUGGAAACUGCGAUGUGGUGGACAGGCUGCUGAUCCACCAUGUCCGCCACCGCGGAACGUUCCGCCGCCUCUGUACGUCCUGCGUCUUGCGCGAGCAUCCGCAGUCCUUCUGCCCGACCUGUUUCCAGGUCUACCCUCCGACGCCGUCCGUCGAGGACGCGGUGACUUGCGGUAAGUGCUACUCGUUGUCUCAUUCUCGUUGUGUCUCCACCGCCACCGGACCGAUUCCUAAUCCCUACAUCUGCCCACUCUGCGUGAGCCCUAAUUCCCCAAUUUUUAAACCGAUAACCGCCAAAGAAGACCCGAGUCUGCCCGAAGGAUUCCGGCAGUUGGAUCGAGAGUCGGUUACGAUAUUGUUGGCUGCAGCGAAGAUUGCUUACGCGUCGAUGAGCAGAGCAGCAGUGGUUGCGAAAGAGGAGGCAGAUCGGAGGGCAAAGGAGGCGGCUUUGGCGAGGAAACGUGCGAAGGAGGCUUUAGAGCACGUGGCGUAUUUACUAAUGAGGGAAAAUAUGAGGAGAGAAGCAGCUCCGGCAGCCCCUGGCGGCGCCGGUGGAAAUCUUGGUUAUGCCGGAGUUGGAUUCAACACGGCUGCGAGAAUCAACAACGGAAUCACUGGUGCAGAUGUACUUUCCGCUGUCCGGAAUGGAAUAUCCAGUCCAUCUGUGGUUGCAGAGAGGGUCAAUCCGGCCGGAAAUGCCAACAAUAUAGUCGAUCAUCCAAAUCAGGUGCUGGCAGCACUGAAUGCAGUUGAGCUGAGGGAGACCGGGAAGAAGCUCGGUGGAGUUUCCGGGAAAGACAAUCCGGCUGCUAUGGACGAGGAUGCUGAGAAGGUGGCUGUAGAUGACAUUGAUGACUUCAUUGCAGAGACGAACGAUGGUAGCGAUGACGAGAUGUUUGUUGCUGAGCUGGAGGCAGGCUGCGAGGAGGUUCUCGAUGUGCAAGAUGGUAUGAUCAGCAAUGUGGCGAGUCAGAUGGACUGCAAGGAGAAUGGAAAUAACAGGGCCGGCUCGAGUGAGUACCCUGUAGCCGAGGGAGUUCCAAGAACAUCGUCCUAAGGAGGGGUCGGGGCUGGAUUGCAAUGGACAGUAGCUGUUGAAUCUUCUUAGUCUGCUCAUUCCCGUCGUCUUCACAGUAUCGUUUUCUCAUCCCUUUUCUUGGAAAAUUUAGAUAUUUUUGUUGUGAUCAUCAGGUCAUGAACCAUGUGCUUUAUUUGCUAGAACUCUUGUGUCUUUGGUAAAAACUAUUUUAGCAUAUCUCCAUGGUGGAUCUGAAGUUUAAACCUUGCAAUGUUUGUGUUAAUUCCUGUGUGACUCUUGUUUGUUUUGAAUGUGAAAUCUAAACUUAUGCCAUUUGGUUCAA